UGUCAAAUAUUAUGUUGCCUGUUACUUUAUUGUGUAUCAUGACAAUUCUAUAAUAGAAGUAUGUUACUAAUGCUUAGUUGCUUAUUUGCAGUGACUACAGGAAAGAGCAAGUUGAGAUUGAUUCUAAUCACAGUUUUAGGUAGUCUAGCACUGAUCCUUGUAAGUUUGGCUAUCUUUGUUGUUUGGCGACGCAAGAAAGGAAGCAAAGGCUAUUCAAGAAAUACAUCUUCGGAUCCCACCUCAGACCUCGAGAGAGGCCAGAGUAGGUUCUUUGGAAUUCUAGUCUUCUCCUACUCCGAACUUGAAGAGGCCACAAACAAUUUUGAUCCUUCUAAAGAACUUGGAGAUGGAGGUUUUAGCACUGUUUACUAUGGGAGACUAGGGGAUGGAAGAGAAGUUGCUGUGAAGCGCCUUCAUGAGCGCACCUGUAAGAGAAUGGAGCAGUUUGCAAAUGAAAUCUCAAUUCUCACCCGUUUAAAGCACCAAAAUCUUGUUACACUAUAUGGAUGCUCAACAAUGCAUAACCGUGAACUCCUACUUGUGUAUGAAUACAUACCUAAUGGAACACUUGCAGAUCACCUCCAUAGCAAAAGAGCAGCAGAUCAACUGCUCGCGUGGCCAAUCCGCAUGACGAUUGCAGUGGAAACUGCUGCAGCAUUGGUUUAUCUCCAUGCUUCAGACAUAAUACACCGCGAUGUGAAGUCUAGUAACAUACUUCUUGACAACAAUUUCUGCGUCAAAGUUGCAGAUUUUGGCCUCUCAAGACUCUUCCCUGCUAAUGUCACUCAUUACACCACUACACCUCAAGGAACACCUGGAUACGUUGAUCCAGAUUAUCACGAGUGUUAUCAGCUCACUUAUAAGAGUGAUGUUUAUAGCUUUGGGGUUGUUCUUAUUGAACUCAUAUCAUCAAUGCCUGCUCUGGACAUGCGUAGGCAUACAGACGAGAUCCAUUUGGCAAAACUAGCAAUGAGCAAGUUUCUUACAGGAGCAUUUGAUGAACUCAUUGAUUCCUCUCUGGGACAUGAGCAGUAUACUGAAAUCAAUAGAAUGGCCACUUCAGUGGCAGCGCUAGCUUUUCAAUGCUUGCAACCUGACAAGGAUAUGAGGCCGACAAUGGAACAUGUAUUUAAGUCAUUGAAGGAGAUUCAAGGCAAUGAGUUGAGCAACGAUGACGAAAGGGUGAAUGGUGUGGAAACUAAUGUGUCUAUAGAAGAGGUAAUAUCUCCAACUUAUCCAAAAUCAGAGGUGCGUCGAAAAGCAAUGCGCUGGACAUGGGCUGGUCCUUCACUUGCAGAUGGUGUGAUUUUGAAGCAUUUUGCAGCUACCAAGAGCAGCUGUUGAAGUCACCGGAACUGGCAAUUAUCUUCUUACUAUAUGGGAUUUGUAACAGAGUAUUUUAUUUCAUUUACUUGUCAAACUUAUGAUUAUUGUACAUACUGUUUCCUAACCUAUAAUGAAAUACCACUUCUAUUCCCAGGGAGUAAAA